GUUAAUCCGUCACACUUAUCAAUUAGCGCGUUUAUGAAAGCCCCGCGGCCCCAAAAACCGCCCAGAUGCUCGGCCCGUGAGCAUAUUUAUUUUCUCUCGCCGCACGGAAAACUUCCACGGGCUUCAGUCAGUCUUUCGAUUCCCUCGAUAGCGGCUGUACGCACAAGUUUGCGGAGAAGACAAGGUCAAGCAAGGUCUUUCUUUUCGGGUUGGCGAAAAAUCUAAAUUCUACGUGCGUGCGCGGGUGGUGAGAGGAGAAAACAAAGAGAUAUGGCUCAGGUGCGACUGCUGGUACAGGGAUUUCGGCGGGGCCUACUUAACGUAGGCGUAGCCACGCCCCACGAGUGCACGGCGACCCACAAAAGAUCGCAGCACAGCUCGUCGAGCAGCGGAGAUUAUGAUCUGGUUGUCGUUGGGGGUGGCAUCGUGGGCGCCGCAUCUGCCCGAGAGAUUCUUCUGCGCCACCCAUCCCUCAAAGUGGCUGUCCUGGAGAAGGAGUCCAAACUGGCCAAGCACCAGAGUGGCCACAACUCCGGCGUGAUUCAUGCUGGAAUUUACUAUAAGCCUGGAACCCUGAAAGCCCGCCUUUGCGUGGAGGGCAUGCAUUUGGCCUACGCUUAUCUGGAUGAACACAAGAUCCCAUACAAGAAAACCGGGAAACUAAUUGUGGCUACGGAUGAAAAAGAGGUGAAGCUGCUCCAGGACCUGGAGAAGCGUGGUAUUGCCAACAACGUGCCGGAUCUGCGAAUGAUCGAAGGCAGCGAGAUCCAGGAAAUCGAACCCUACUGCCAGGGACUGAAGGCUCUUCACAGUCCGCACACUGGUAUCGUUGACUGGGGAUUGGUUACCCAGCAUUAUGGUCAGGACUUUAAACAGUGCGGUGGUGAUAUCUACCUGGAUUUUAAUGUCAGCAAAUUUAGCGAGACCAAGGAGGGCACCGAUUACCCAGUGACCAUCCAUGGCGCUAAGUCGGGUCAAACGGUUCGUACCAAGAACGUGUUAACCUGCGGCGGUUUGCAGUCCGACCUGCUGGCUGAGAAGACUGGAUGCCCCAGAGAUCCCCGCAUAGUGCCUUUCCGUGGAGAGUACCUGCUGUUGACCAAGGAAAAACAGCAUAUGGUCAAGGGUAAUAUUUAUCCGGUGCCGGAUCCACGUUUUCCCUUCCUGGGAGUUCACUUUACGCCGCGAAUGGACGGAUCUAUCUGGCUGGGACCAAAUGCCGUUUUGGCUCUCAAACGCGAAGGUUACACCUGGGGUGACAUUAAUCUUGUCGAGCUUUUUGACGCCCUACGCUAUCCGGGCUUUGUAAAGAUGGCCAGCAAGUACAUCGGUUUCGGACUUAGUGAGAUGUCCAAAUCGUGGUUCAUUAACCUGCAGAUUAAGGCGUUGCAGAAGUACAUCCCGGACAUCACGGAGUACGAUAUCCAGCGUGGUCCCGCUGGAGUUCGUGCCCAAGCAAUGGAUCUGGAUGGCAAUCUCGUGGACGAUUUUGUUUUCGAUCGCGGAGAAGGAACGGGAGCGCUAGCCAAGCGAGUGCUCCACUGCAGAAACGCCCCAUCACCUGGCGCGACUAGCAGCUUGGCCAUUGCCAAGAUGAUCGCAGACAAGAUCGAGACCGAGUUCUCUAUCGGCAAGUGAUGUCAAUAUCCCAAACAAUAUAAGCAAAGUUAAAAACUUUGUCGGAAAUGUCUGUAAUCAUUCGCCACUUUUGCAUUUGCUAUUCGAAACUAUAAUGUUGAUCUAUUGUGUAAAACAAUAAUAAACCAUUUUUUAGGUUUUUAA